UACGGUCAUGGCCUCCGCCGCCAGUUCCCGCCAGUUCCUCCUCUUCCUCCUGUGGCUCAGCGCGUCCGCGAGCACCGUCUUGGCCCAUGGAGGCGGCGGCCACCACGACGGCGACGCUGACGCUGACGCGGACGGCGGCGCGAAGGCGAAGCCGGACCUGCGGGCGCCGGGGCUGGUGGCGGUGAAGCUGUGGUGCCUGGCGCUGGUCUUCGCGGGCACCCUUGCCGGCGGCGUGUCCCCCUACUUCAUGCGGUGGAACGAGGCGUUCCUGGCGCUGGGCACGCAGUUCGCCGGCGGGGUCUUCCUCGGCACCGCCAUGAUGCACUUCCUCAGCGACGCCGACGAGACCUUCGGGGACCUCGUCCCCCACGGCGCCUACCCGUUCGCCUUCAUGCUCGCCUGCGCCGGAUACGUCCUCACCAUGCUCGCCGAGUGCGUCGUUUCCUCCGUCGUCGCGCGCGGCCCCGGCCGGACCACACCCGCCGGCCCAAGCGCAGGAGCGCUGGAGGAGGGCAAGCAGAGCAGCACGAGUGGCGACGGCUCCGAGCCACAAACAGCUGGCGCGCACGGACCGUCGACUGCAUCCAUGCUGCGCAACGCGAGCACCCUCGGCGACAGCGUACUCCUCAUCGCCGCGCUCUGCUUCCACUCCGUUUUCGAAGGCCUCGCCAUUGGAGUUGCCGAGACGAAAGCCGACGCGUGGAAGGCGCUGUGGACCAUCAGCCUGCACAAGAUCUUCGCCGCGGUCGCCAUGGGCAUUGCUCUGCUCCGGGUUCUCCCCGACCGCCCCCUCCUCUCCUGCUUCGUCAACGCCUUCGCAUUCGCCGUCUCCAGCCCCAUCGGCGUCGGCGUCGGCAUACUCAUCGACGCCACCACGGAGGGCCGGGUGGCCGACUGGAUCUAUGCCAUCUCCAUGGCCCUCGCCACGGGCAUCUUUGUCUACGUCUCCAUCAACCACCUCCUCUCCAAGGGGUACAGGCCCCAGAGGCCCGUCGCCGCAGACACCCCCAUCGGCCGGUGGCUCGCCGUUGUGCUUGGCGUCGGUGCCAUCGCAGUCGUCAUGAUCUGGGACGCCUGAUCGUGAUUCAUGAGAAUCAGAACCAUUUACCUAGCAAGCCUUGCUAAGUUUCUGCUCGUGGACACCAGAUUUGCCGUACCAGCUGAUCGAACCAAGCACCUAAUGACAGAUAAACAUAAGCAGCCUCAAGCAGGAAACCACUGGUUGUUCAAUACGCAUUUUGUGUAUAUCAACCUGUACUUUUUCUCUCUCUCUAGCUAAUCCUCUGGCUUGCUGUGUUUCGUUAUUAAUAGUCACAAUCAGUCCAUCAACUCACCAUGUUAAACAUCCACAAUGCCACAAACGACAUUCAUGAUUCUUCCUGUCGACAAAUUUAUAUCUGCGUUACGUUA